CGACCUAGCACGCGAUGCAGUGUAUGAGGUGCACUUUAGAGACAGAUAAUUAAACGUAUGUGCACGUUGAGUUGUUUUGUGCAGUGAUCUCCGUUCACGGAGGUACUCUAGUUGUACGAAUUCGGAUUUGUGUGUCAAUAUGUACCUAGUCCUGCUGUGCUGCCUACUCCUCCUCCCGGCGCUGCUGUACUGGUGCCUGCGCGUGCGCACGCGGCGCGCGCGGCGGCUGGUGGCGGCGCUGCCGGGGUGGCCGCAGGUGCCGUUCUUUGGCAACGCGCUCCGGCUGUGGGGCGGGCCGGAGGCUAUCUUCAAAUGCGUUCAAGAGAUCGGAGACCUGGCCGACGAAGCCAACUGCAUGUUCCAAAUAUGGUUCGGAUCACAACUGGUUCUCGUAAGUCACAAGCCUGAAGAGAUCAAAACUCUGACGAACACGUUCAUCGAGAAGCCGUACUACUACAGCUUCGGCAAGAUCUGGCUCGGAGACGGGCUGGUCACCGGACCUGGUUCAGUCUGGAAGCACAACGUCAAGAACCUGUCAGCGACGUUCACCGGGUCGGUCAUCGACGGGUUCCAGGACAUCUUCAACCAGCAGGCGCGGAGACUGGUGGACCAGCUGAGCGGAGAGGCUGGACGGCCGCCGUUUGAUGCCAUGCAGAAGUACUUCGCUUACGCCACGCUGGAGACCAUUUGUCAAACUGCGAUGGGCGUGCCAGCCAUAUCCGACAGCAUCGUGACGUCAGAAUACUACCAGGCCUUCAACCGCACCCUGCAGCUGAUCGUGGAGCGCGGGUUCAACAUCUUCCUGCACCCGGACUGCGUGUACCGGCUGACCCCGGGGUAUAGGGAGCUGAAGAAGAAUGUUGCCGUGCUGCAUCACGUGUCUACUACUGUGAUAGCUCAAAGUAGGAUGCGAUAUAACGAAGCAAAGAAAAAUGGACAACUGAACAACAAUAACACAAAUGGCGCUAAAAGCACACGUUUCCGUCCGUUCCUCGACAUCCUGAUGGAACUGAGCGAGUCGGAUCCCCUACUCACGGAUGAACAGAUCCGCGCCGAGGUGGACACCGUGAUAGUGGGCGGGCAGGAGACCACGGCUACUAACAUGCUGUUCACUCUGCUCAUGCUGGGCUGCCAUAAGGAGGUCCAGGAUAAGCUAUUUAAGGAAAUGCAAGAGAUCUUUGGCGACAGCAACCGUCCCGUGGAGAAGGAGGACCUGGCGAAGAUGAAGUACUGCGAGGCCGUGGUGCUGGAGAGCCUGCGCCUCUUCCCACCCAUCCCGGGCACGCUGCGGCUCGCCGAAGUGGAUACUCCUAUGGAUGGCUUCACGGUCCCGGCCGGGUCAGUGUUCGUGGUGAACGCACUAGGCGCAGGCCGAUCGCUCCGGACGUACGGGCCGGACGCCCGGCAGUUCAGACCGGAGCGGUGGUUGGAGAACCCACCGGCUAAUCCGGCCAGCUUCCUCGCCUUCAGCUAUGGAAGACGAGCUUGUAUAGGCAAGCGGUACGCGCUGGCGUUCCUCAAGACAGCCCUGAGCCACAUCUCGCGCGCGCUGGUGGUGCACUCGGAGGCGCAGCAUCUGAAGCUGGCCUACAGUCUGGCGCUGAGGCCCUCGGCCGGGCAUCUCAUCACUGUGGACUUGAGGAAGUAGGGGUGUGGGGACCAGGAGGCCUGAAGUUUAGCUCACAGCAAAUCUUCGACCAUUUACAAAUGUGUUGACAAAACAACAGUGUUAAUAGACUAUCAUUGAUGAUUGUACGCCGAAUUGAAAAGAGAAACCAUCAGUUUAGUUUUCUAACAUAGGUUAGCUACAUUACAUAAUGCUAAGUAAGCAAGUAGGUAUUAAAUGUA